UAGGAUGACGCGUGUAUUUUCAAUACUUUCUCGUCAUUGUACCAACUACAAACGUCAAACAGCUGAGCGAGGUGACUGACUCGUCGUUGUGUGGCUUGCUCUUCUUUCUUAUCCAAAUUUUUAAAACUAAAUUCAAAGGAAUAGUGGUUUCGAUAGUUGUUACUCAACCUACAGAAUAGUAUUUUUCAAUCAUGAGUGAGCUGAGUCAGGAGGAGAUACGGAGACGGCGCCUGGCGCGUCUCGCUGCCCUUGGUGGUGCAGGCUCAGCGCCAUCGCCCGCCAGCCCUCCAGUCACACCAGGCGCAUCGAUGCCCUCGCCAGAUCUACAGACCUCCUCACAAGUGCGCUUUUCCCCUGCGCCAGUUCCUCGAGGAUCCACAGAACCCUCUACCCCAGAUGUGGCCAACACAAACAAAGAACCAAACUAUUCAGAAGGAGUUAAAAGUGAAGUGGAUGACCAGAGCAAAAUACCAGCUGAUGGGUUAAUUGUUACUGAGAAAACAGACAAUAAUCUGUUAGAUGAAAUGCCUGAUACCAAAAUGACAGACCUAUCACAAACAAGACAGUACAAUAGUUUUGACUCCAUGGGUGAUGAUACAUUAUUGAGUUGUGGAUCAGUGAGAGUGGCUAGUUUACCACAGUCUACAGUGGGUGGAUCAGAGGGAGCUUCAACCAGGGAAGACAGCACAUCACGAUCAAUAUCUCCAGCACAGUUUGUGGAGCCAUCACCAGUAAGGCCUCGGCCCAGUAAUGCCUCACCUAGUUGCUCUCGACGGUCUCUCUCUAUGGAAGUGGAUGAUGUGUCAGAACGAAAUUCACAAUCAGAGAAACAAGAGGAACCUAUGGAGGUGGACGACAAUGACACCCAGACAGCGUCCCCAGCCCGAAAGAUACACCGGUCGCGUACAGUGAGCUGUACUGAACUGACUGAGGAGCAACUCCGGAAUAUUGUCGCCAAGAUCCUACAGGUGUCGUGGUCUGAAGACAGUGCAGGAGGAAUAUUUGUACCGUCUGUAGCAGCAUCACUUCUAGAUAACCCAAAAUUAAGUUUAGAAGAACUGGCUUCAGAGGCUCUGAUUGAUGUUAUUACGCAAAUAGCGGACGGCUCAGACCCUCUAAACCAGAAACUCAUCGCUAUCACUGAAACUACUAAAAGGCCUAGUGACGAAUGCGGAGACGAUAUGUUGACUUGUGGACCAAUUGGUUCAGAGACGGAAGCUGACAAAGCGGACUGCCCUGCUCCGUCGCUACCCCUACCCAAGACAAUACCCACGCAGGGCCUUGCUGUCAGCUACAUUAUAAGAUUCUACUCGAAUAUUAAUUCGUAUGAACGUGAAUACUCCAAGAAGAGCUCGGAGCCGCCAUUGAGCGACUUGCUCCAAAGUUUAAGAACAUUACUAGUGAACCACUUAGUGCUAGUGCUGCAGGGAAACUUUGAAUUAGAAAAGUGCAGGAAGUCUCCUCUACUUCCAUACAUGCUAGUGGUGUCCCCGCCGACGGGUCUCAUACCGGAACUUUUACUUGCAACUUACACAAAUAAGGAAGUUUUCGAAGAGGUGUUCGUGCCGCUCGUGAUGGGUAUCCGCGAGGAGAUGCGGCGCGCAGUGUCCCCGCUGGGCGGGCGCGGCGCGUGCGGCGGCGGCGGCGCCCUGCGCGCGCUGCGGGCGCUGUGCGAGCUGCGCGCCGGCCCGCGCCACUCGCGCCGCCCGCUCGCCGAGCUCAUCGCGCGCCUGCCCUCUCUCUGUCCCGACGCCGUCACCACUGCUGCAGGACGAGAGAUCGCCCGCGUCAGCUUCCUCGGACCAUUCUUUGCGAUAUCCCUGUUCGCGGAAGAGAACCCGCGACUAGCGGAGCGCCUGUUCGCGACGGGGUCGGGCGACCGCAGCCUGGCGUUCGCGUUGCAGCGCGAGGUGGAGGCGAGCCGCAACACGUUGCACAACAUCUGCCACAACAUCCUGCUGUGCCCGGAGGCUCGCGAGCCGUUACUCAACUACUUCGCUGCUCUGCUGCAGAGAAAUGACCGCAGAGCGCAGUUGCAGACUGACGAGAGAUCACUGGCCGGAGAUGGGUUCAUGCUGAACGUAUGUUCAGUACUGCAACUGUUGUCCGUGCGCAUCAAACUGGAGCGCGUGUACCCGCUGUACACGUUCCAGCCAGACUCCUGGGUCAACAUCCGAGACGAGACCAGGCUGUACUUCACUACACAGGAAUCCCAGGAUUGGUUAGACGCACUAAACAAGGAUCCUAACCAUAAGUGGCCUGAAGCGAAGUUCCAGACGGUGUGCUGGUUCUUAACGCUUCAUAUGCACCAUGUGGCUUUGAUCCCUGCUUUACACACGCACCAGAGGCGAAUUCGGGCAUUCCGUGAUCUCCAAAAAGUGAUUGAAGAGUUGAUGGCGGCCGAGCCUCAGUGGCGCAACAGUUUCUCAGCGCUGCGCAACCGAGAACUGCUGCGGAGGUGGCGACGACAGAUCAAGAGACUACACAGGUCGAAGCAGUGUGCGGAGACGGCCCUGCUAGAGACAGAGUUGAUGCGGCGCAGUCUACAGUUCUACUCGUCAGUAUGCUCGCUGCUCACCAUGCAGCUGGAGGCGGCGGACGCGGCCAUCGGACCGUACGCCGACGCAUUUGCCGCCACGCCGGAGUGGUACGUCGAGGACAUCGCUGAGUUCAUGCUCUUCGCUGUGCAAUACGUCCCACAAAUAGUGGCGGAUUUCAUCGAGGACCCAAUCAUCACUUGGCUACUGAGUGCAAUCUGUCACUCGCGCCACUUCAAGAACCCUUAUCUUGUUGCUAAGAUCGUAGAAGUCCUAUUCGUCAUCAACCUCUCCGUGCCACUAAAACUGAAGAAUGUAUACGAGAAAUUCAUGGACCACCCGAUGUCGCAAACUGCGCUACCGAGUGCUCUCAUGAAAUUCUACACGGAUAUAGAAACUACAGGACAAAGCACCGAGUUUUACGAUAAGUUCACUAUUCGGUUCCAUAUCAGCAUCAUCUUGAAGGGAAUGUGGGAGCGGCCUAUUCAUAAACAAGCUAUCGUAAAGGAGUCGCGAUCUGGACAUCAGUUUGUCAAAUUCAUCAACAUGUUAAUGAACGAUACUACAUUCCUCCUGGAUGAGUGUCUAACAUACCUGAAGCGUAUCCACGAGGCGCAGGAGGGCGCGGGCGGCGCGAGCGGGUCCGCGGCCGACGCCCGCGCACGCGCACUCGCGCAGGACGAGAGGCAGUGUCGCUCAUAUCUCACACUCGCCAGAGAAACGGUGGACAUGUUGGAGUACUUGACAGUGGAGAUCAAGGAGCCAUUCCUGCGCGCCGAGCUAGUCGACCGGCUCGCAUCGAUGUUGAACUUCAACCUACAACAACUCUGCGGACCUAAGUGUAAAAACCUCAAGGUCCGUCGACCUGAGAAAUAUGGCUGGGAACCGCGACGACUACUCAGUCAACUGGUAGACAUCUAUCUACAUCUUGACUCACCGCAGUUCCACGCCGCACUUGCCGCUGAUGAGAGAUCAUUCCGCAAAGAGUUGUUCGAGGAAGCAUCUGUGAGGCUAGCUAAGUCGUGCAUUAAGACGCCCACAGAAAUAGAGCGGUUCAAGGCACUUGCUGAUAAUGCAUAUCAAAUCGCAGUGUCUAAUCAACAGAAAAGCGACGAAUAUGCUGAUGCUCCUGAAGAGUUCAGGGACCCACUCAUGGAUACACUAAUGACCGACCCAGUCUUACUACCUUCCGGAAAAAUAAUGGACCGAUCUGUGAUUCUGCGCCACUUGCUAAAUAGUGCCACUGAUCCUUUUAACCGACAACCUCUUUCCGAGGAUCAGCUACGUCCAGCAACUGAGCUCAAAGAGAGGAUCGACCAAUGGCAGCGCGACAAGAAAGCGUCGACGUCAUAAGCGAGGCCAACAUUAAAGUCUGAUGUAUAUAACGUAACCCAUAUAUAAAGACUACCGGACGGAUUUUUCCGCCUUUGAUGGACUAUUGUCCGUAUGCGUGAAUGUGAGAUUAUUCCAUGUAUGUUUAACUGUUCGGAUGUUUCGUGAAGUUGGAACCACGUUGUUGUAACGUAUACGACCUAACGGAUCAUUUUCAAUUUGCAUACAGGUGUUAAUUUAAUCAUUGCAUUAUUUUCAUAUUGUCACAAAAUUUCUUCCAUUAUUAGUAUUACCUAUUGUGACAAGAACCAAAUUUUAUCUUAACCACUACUAAAUUUAUAUUUUAUGGCUAGACUAAAGCUUUAACGUCACGGAGUAUUAAUGUCGGCAUCUAUUUUUAGCUUUAACGCAUUGCACGUGAGUCUCGAUACUUGUUGUAAUUUCAUGAAUUUCUAAUUAAACUUAAAUUAACAUCUGUAUUAUUGGCGCGUUGAAGGCUAAGAGAGGAGGUUUAAAUGAAAUUACCAUCACAUGUAGUUGUAAAGGCCUAAAUCUAAGAUACAAGAAACAUGACAUUUGUGGAGUAAGCUAGGUGCUUUCGUCUCGACCCCAAAUUUUGAUGACUAUGCAACAUGAGCACAACAUAGAAUAAUUAGAUGUGGAACAUGUUGAGCUGGAUAUCUUUCUGCAUUUUAUAGGAAAUCUCUGUAACGUCGUGAGCGUGUAAUUCGAUUUAGAUUGGUUAGUCCUGCAUUAGUUUAACUAAUGGUUAUACAUUAGGAUAUAAAUAUAUGAAACAUAUAGGAAUUGUAUGGAAUGUUGAAGACUUCUUAUUUUUGUGCAAAAUGAAAAUUAGAAAAAUGUAUUUAAUUAUAUUAUGGAUUUGAUUUCUACUUGAUUAUAGUGAUAUUAUGUUAGUCUUUGUUAGCAAACAUGAUUUUUGUAUUAUCAUUUAAUACAUUGUGAUUUGUUCCUUUAUAACUUUAGUUAUGAUUUGAAAUGGAUUUUCACUUGAGAAUUAGGGAAUAGUAUUCGAUAUAAUAUCAGUAGCUUAAUUCGAAUAAUAUAAUUAUAAUCGAUCACGGCCUGCCAAAGUUCUACUGAAUGAUGAACACGCCGAUGUAAUUCGCGGAGAUAAGGCAAACUUGAAGCAUAAUAUGUUUCAGUGAGUAAAUAAGUUCCAAGUAGACUACUAUGAAGACACUGUAUUGAAAUAUAGUAUGUUUGUAAUAUGUA